UACCUACCCCGGUCAGCUGCUGCUGCUCGCCUAACUCCAGUCUUCCACGCCUGCUCGCAGUCCAUAAUAUCCGGUGCCCCAAACGCGGGGAGACAUACCUCGUAAUCCCCACCGCUCCUGCCCGCCUCGUAAACCUCUGGUGAUGGCGCCACUGGGAAUCGUCCUGGCCGGAGCGUUCCUCCUGGCGGCGCUCUACUGCGGGACGGACCCUCUUGGCCACAGCUCCAUGGCCGACUACCCGGGCUUCGAGGCGUACCCGGUGGAGCUACCGCCGUGGUCGGAGCUCCCUACUGCGCGGGACCCUGAGGACCGGCUCCAGCGGGCGGAGAUCCGCUUCGUCGGCCAGAUCCAGGGUCCCGAGAGCGUCGCCUUCGACCCUCUCGGCCGCGGGCCCUAUACGGGAGUCGCCGACGGGCGCGUCCUCUUCUGGAACGGCCACUCCUGGUCCGACUUCGCCUACACCUCGCCCAUCAGAUCGGAGUUAUGUGACCCGAAACCAUCACCUUUGAGUUACUUGAAAAAUGAGCAUAUCUGCGGGCGACCACUGGGUCUUCGAUUUGACAAGAAAACUGGAGAUUUAUACAUUGCUGAUGCCUAUUUUGGGUUGUUGAAGGUAGGCCCAGAAGGUGGCCUGGCAACACCACUAACCACAGAGGCAGAAGGGGUCCAGUUAAAUUUCACAAAUGAUUUGGAUAUAGAUGAGGAAGGGAAUAUUUAUUUUACCGACAGUAGCACAAAUUACCAGAGGAGGAAUUUCAUGCAACUUGUGUUCUCUGGCGAGCCUUCAGGGAGGCUUUUAAAAUAUAACCCAGUUACAAAUGAAACAACAGUCCUCCUUCGAAACCUCCAAUUUCCUAAUGGGGUUUCUCUUAGCAAGGAUGGAUCAUUUUUUGUCUUCUGUGAAGGAUCGCGGGGCAGGUUGAGUAGAUACUGGUUGAAGGGAGAAAAAGCUGGAACUUCGGACAUUUUUGCUAUCUUACCUGGAUUCCCGGAUAAUGUGAGAACUAAUGAGAAGGGUGAAUUCUGGGUGGCAAUUCAUUGCCGCCGCACAGUCUAUGCACAUCUUAUGGGUCGGUAUACCCGAUUGAGGAAGUUUUUGCUAAAGCUUCCCAUCCCAGCGAAGUAUCAGUAUCUGAUGCAAAUUGGAGGCAGACUUCAUGCAUUGAUCAUCAAGUACAGUCCAGAUGGGAAGUUGCUGGAAAUUCUGGAGGACAGGAAAGGGAAGGUGGUGAGAGCAGUGAGCGAAGUGGAGGAGAAGGAUGGGAAGCUUUGGAUUGGAUCUGUUCUUAUGCCAUUUAUUGCUGUGUACUGAUCAUGUCCAGUUAAUAUUUUUUUCCUGUUGUUGUGUAUACAGCAUCACAUGGUAAUAUGCUGUUUAAUCUACUUGAUCGGACUCAUGCAGCAUGUCAUAUAUAUAUAUAUAUAUAUAGAUAGAUAUGUUACAGAUGGGAGGAUAUUGAUAUUUCAUUUGGUAAUUGUUUUCCCAUC